AUGCAGAGAAGAAACAGAGAUGAUUUUUAUGCAACUAAAAGUGACUCGUUUGUGGAGGAUGACUUCAAGAUUCAAAUCAACACAUAUGAUCAUUACCAGGUAACGCCAUCGAUCUUUGAUAGAGAUGGGCCUAUAAAUAAAGAACAAGAAUUUUCAUUCCAUCACGUACCCGUUGUUAGAGUCUUUGGAUCCAUCCCAACGGGUCACAAUAUCAUUGCACAUAUCCAUGGAGCUUAUCCAUAUAUCUACAUCCCAUAUGAUAACCAAGAUUGUUUCAGAUUACAGCAAGUUUUAGAAGCAGCUAUAGCUUCAUCUCUGAAUAGAAAGAAAAGUGAUAAUGAAAAUACAAAUGAUAACCAUAAGGAAUCCAAAGUCUUCAAAUAUAUCGCCCAUAUAUCACUAUGCAAAGGUGUUCCAUUCUAUGGGUAUAAUGUUGGUUAUAAAGCAUUUUACAAAAUAUAUCUGCUUAAUCCUUCUUAUAGUAAUAGGUUAGCUGAAAUGCUCCGUGAUGGUAAAGCAACUGGUAAAAAAUAUGACUGCUAUGAAGUUCAUAUUCCAUAUGUAUUACAAUUUUUAUCUGAUUUUAAUUUAUUUGGUUGUGCUUGGCUUAGAUUGAAAAACCUAUAUUUAAGAUCACCUAUACUUUCAGAUGAUUCAUUAAAGACAGAUGAACUGGUUGAAUAUUUAACGGGGUUCCAACCCACUGAUGCUGAAAGAACAGGGUAUAGUGCAUUGGAAAUCGAUGUUUGUGCUCAAGAUAUAUUGAAUAGACUUGAUCUGAAAGAACGUGAAUUACACCAUGACUUUAUUGAAAAAUUCAAUCCACCAUCUUCUGAUAUUUACAUUCAAAGUACAAAAGAUUUAUGGAAAGACGGUGACUUUCAAAGGAAAGCUAAAGGUGAAGUCGAGUACUCAACACCUCAAUCAACUUUAAGAAGCCCAAAUGUCGAAUGGGUAGAGACGGAAGAGUUGAAUCAGUUAUUUGAAUAUGCAAAAAAGAUUAAUGGUGAAACAACUGCAGAUUUUAGCAACUUUAUCAAAAAAGGUUCAUGGGAGAACGAUCUAAAAAGCUCAUUCCAAACAGUUAGUGAAAUGUUUCAUGAACCAGAUUUGUACACCGACCACGAAAAGACAAUACAGAGUGAACAUUCUGGUGAAGAAGAUGAAUAUGAUCCAAAUGAUUUUCUUUUAGAUGAUUAUCAAGGCCCGGCUGUUAUGAAUCGGGAUGAUGAUUUAGAAAUCUUUGAAAACGCUAGAGAUGAUGACGAACGGAAUGCUGUUCCCGGUAUCUAUGAACCAGAAGACCCUAAUGAUUUUGAAGGUAGUGAUGAAUUUUUCUUAAGUGAAUCUCAAGAAAAGUUACAAAAUGCUCCAGAUAUUUCUGAUAUUCAUCUCACUCAAAACAUGAAUGUAAAGUUUACCCAAAAUAAUGAUCUUUCUAGAGUACUGAGCUCAUUGGAUUCUUCUACCAAAGUGAAGAAUAAGUUUCCUAAGCUUGCCGAAUCAAGAUUUAUUUAUAGCAAGGCACCACCACUUGACUUGGAUUUUGGAGCAGUUGGGCUACCUCAAAUAGACUAUAAUGAUCCGUUUUACACUGAAGAAAAACCCAAGCCAUUCGUUUUUGGUGGGAAGAAGUUCAAUUUGAAAUCAAAAGCUCCAAAGGAUCUUGAUGGAUUAGAGGUACACGGGGAAUCAAUAUCAAAAGAAAUUGAGAAAGGUUUUGUGUUACAGGAGAAUACUUUCAAGUCGUGGAGGUAUAUUAAAAAACCACCAUCUUUCAACCAAGUUAAGAAUUUUGUCUAUGGAAGCCAGAUCAAAUCUCAAAUUGGUGUUACUCAAAGGCAUAAGUUUGCUUCACCUCAAACCAAUGAAAGAAGACCCGAUGGGUCAAAUCAUAUGACAGUCUUAAUAGUCGAGGUUCAUUCUAAUACGAGAGAAAGUUUAAGGCCAGACCCAAAAUAUGAUGAGGUUUCUGCAAUUUUUUGGAAAACUAUGAAUGGAUCAACACACAGGGAGGGUGUUUACCUUUUAAAUGUCAAACAACCUGUCCCCGACAAAGAAGUCACACAUUUCAUAAGUGAACUUGAAAUGUUUGAAAGCUUCACAACAUUUGUCAGAAAAUUUGACCCUGAUAUAAUAUCAGGUUUUGAAGUUCAAUCAGGAUCAUGGGGGUACUUGAUUGAAAGAGCAAGAGCUAUAUAUGAAUUUGAUUUUGUCCCUGAGCUUUCAAGAGUCCACUUUAAGGCUCAUAAUAAAAUGGGUGAUCAUUGGGGGUAUACACAUACGUCAAGUAUCAAGGUUUGUGGAAGACAAGUUUUGAAUAUAUGGAGACCACUGAGAAGGCUAAAUUUACUAAAGUACACCAUUGAGAAUGUUGCUUAUCAUGCGUUACAUGAACGUUUACCUCAUUAUUCAAACAAGACUUUGACAAAGAUGUUCCAAGACGAUUUUCUAUCAUUAUCUAGUCAUUAUUUUAAGAAGCUAGAGAUCGAUGGAAGAUUAAUAGAUACUCAAGAACUGAUAACUAGAGCGGCGGAAGAAGCUAGAUUGAUUGGUAUCGAUUUUAAUGACGUUUAUUAUAGGGGAUCACAGUACAAAGUUGAAUCGUUCAUGGUCAGGAUGGCAAAAGCUGAGAAUUUUAUGUUAUUUUCACCAAGUAAGAGACAAGUCAGAAAACAAAAACCCUUGGAAUGUAUACCAUUAGUGAUGGAACCUAUAUCUGCAUACUAUAAGAGUCCUUUAAUUGUUCUUGAUUUUCAAUCUUUAUACCCAUCAAUUGUUAUCGCAUAUAACUAUUGUUAUUCAACAUUAUUGGGAAGAUUGAGAAAUUACUCAAAUGGUCCUAAUCAUAUUGGUACUAGUCAUGUCAAACAUCCACCAGGGCUUUUGAAGUUACUUGAAAAUGAUAUCAAUAUUUCACCGAACGGUUUAAUGUUUGCUAAAUCAUCAGUUAGGAAAUCAUUAUUGGCAAAGAUGUUGGAAGAGAUUUUAGACACAAGAUUUAUGGUGAAAUCAACCAUGAAGUUUCUUGACGAGAAUAUGAAACAAUUGUACAAUAGUCGACAAUUAGCUUUGAAAUUAAUUGCUAAUGUUACCUAUGGUUAUACUUCAGCUUCGUUUUCGGGAAGAAUGCCAUGUUCUGAUAUUGCUGAUGCUAUUGUGCAAACAGGGAGAGAAACUUUGGAUAAAGCAGUUGAUAUCAUUGAAGGACAAUCAAGUUGGGGUGCGAAAGUGGUAUAUGGUGAUACUGAUAGUUUAUUUGUUUAUUUACCAGGCAGAAGUCGUGAUGAUGCUUUCAGAAUUGGUAAAGAGAUGGCUGAUGCAGUUACAAAGAGCAACCCAGAUCCUGUAACUUUAAAGUUUGAAAAGGUUUAUCAUCCAUGUGUUUUGAUGGCUAAGAAACGAUAUGUGGGUUAUUCUUAUGAAAAUAUUAAUUCACCAGUUAAAUUUGAUGCAAAAGGUAUUGAGACCGUCAGAAGAGACGGACAUCCAGCUCAACAGCAUAUAGUUGAAAAAUGUCUUAGAAUACUUUUCGAGACUAAUGAUAUUUCACAAAUAAAGAAUUUUGUUCAAGAUCAAUUCAAUAAAAUUACAUACAAUAAAGUAUCUAUUCAAGAUUUUUGUUUUGCCAAAGAAGUGAAAAUUGGGACCUAUAAACAACCACCACCAGGUGCUGUUGUUAGUACAAAACUAAUGGAACAAGAUUCAAGGGCUGAACCACAAUACAAAGAAAGAGUUCCGUAUGUGAUUAUUCAAGAAACCGGUUCAAUUUUAAGAGAAAGGGCUAGGACACCAGAACAAUUUAUCGAGAAUAAUUAUAAAUUAGAUGCCGAGUAUUAUAUUGUCAAGACGUUGAUACCACCUUUAGAGAGGAUAUUCAAUCUUCUUGGUGUUGAUGUCAAACCAUGGUAUAAUGAACUACCGAGACCUGCUAAAAGAAGUUCAAUUUACAAUUCUAUUUGUUUAUCUUGCAACGUUCCCACGAAAUCAAAUCUAUGUCAAAGCUGCCGAAAUGAUGAGCUUAAAACAGUGUUAAAUUUAAAUCAAAGAAUGAAACAGAUUGAGGGGAGGAUGAAAGAUUUGAUGACAGUAUGCAGAUCAUGUUCAGGUCAUUCUGUUUCCUGUGAAUCACAUGAUUGUCCAGUUUAUUACACUAGGGUCAAAGAAGGAAAGAAGUUGGAGGCUGCAGUACAAGAUAGAAAGAGGUUAAAGAAAGAGAUCGAUUGGUAA